AUGGACAACUCUGCCAAAACAUCGAAAGAUGACUUGCUAGCCAAGCAGCCAGAAACGGAGCUGACCUCCACGACCUCCACUACGGCGGCCGGCACCGCCGACCACGCCAAAAUGAGCCCCAACACAUUUGUCAUAAUCCUAACGUUGGCCUCAUCCAUCUCCGGGUUCAUGUUCGGUUACGACACCGGAUACAUUUCGGCUGCAUUGGUACACAUCGGAAAGGACUUGCUGAACAAGUAUUUGACUUCUGGCGAGAAGGAGCUCAUCACUUCUGCCACGUCGCUUGGUGCACUUAUUGGCGCCAUCUUGUGUGGUUUCGUAGCCAACUUAUAUGGUCGUAAAAACGUUCUCUUUGGCUCCAACGUGAUGUUCAUUGUCGGAACUAUCCUCCAGUUGGUUGCCAAAACCGUUUGGACCAUGGUGGCCGGUAGAUUUGUGCUUGGCUUUGGUGUGGGUAGCGCCUCUCUCAUUGCCCCACUUAUGUUGAGUGAGUUGGCUCCUCCAAAAUAUAGGGGUCGUCUUAUUGUCACUAACUGUAUUUUCAUCACUGGUGGUCAAUUAGUGGCCUAUUUGAUUAACUGGGGACUCACACGUGUCUCCGGUGGCUGGAGAAUUUCUGUUGGUCUCUGUAUGGUUCCUGCUGUCCUUCAGCUGGUUCUCUUCGUGUUCUUACCUGAUACCCCACGUUACUACGUUAUCAAUGGCGAUUACGAGAAGGCCAAAUCCGUUCUUUUGAGAACCCAGCCAUUUGCUACUGAAGAGGUUGCCAACGCCAUCCUUCAGGAUAUGAUCGCUUCCAACUCGACUGUUCCAGGUAAGCCUUUGGCACAAAUGUGGAACUCCAUUAAACUUAUUCACACUCGUCCAGCCAACUUCCGUGCUUUGAUCUUGGCCUGUGGUUUGCAGGGUAUCCAGCAGUUUACUGGUUUCAACUCCUUGAUGUAUUUCAGUACCACAAUUUUUGAAACUAUUGGCUUCGACAACCCUACUGCUGUCUCUAUCAUCAUUGCUGCCACCAAUUUCGUCUUCACUGUGGUUGCCAUGUGUAUCAUCGACAUUGUUGGACGUCGUCGUAUUUUGCUUUGGGCCAUUCCAGGUAUGUGUAUCUCCUUGGUAGUCUGUGCAAUUGCUUUCCACUUUUUGGGAAUUAAAUUCGAUUCUUCAUCCCAUGUCCAAAUUGCUCAAACUGGUAUCACCGGUUGGGGUAUCGUGGUGAUCGUUGGAAUGGUGCUUUUCGUUGCCACAUAUGCUAUCGGUAUUGGUAACUCUGCUUGGACUGGUGUCGAAUUGUUCUCCGACGUCAAUGUCAGAUCUGUUGGUGGUAUGUUUGCAGCUGCUACAAACUGGUCGGGUUCCUUGGUGAUUGCCUCGACCUUCUUGACUAUGUUGGCAAACAUCACCCCUAGUGGAACAUUCGCCUUCUUCGCUGGUUUGUGUUUUAUCUCCUUCUUGUUCGUUUACUUCCUUUUGCCAGAGGUUUCUGGUUUGGCUUUGGAGGAAACAACUCAGCUCUUGGAGAAUGGCUUCAACGUAAAGGCAGCCGCUGCUCUUUCGCGCGAGAGAAAGAAUGUAUCUCGCUACGAGAACGAAACCGAGGUUUAA